CGAUUCUGUGCGGAGGCAUAUAGCCGUAUGGCACAGGUGCAGCAGUAUCUGGACGCGGACACGAGAGACCAAUAUGCACAAGGGAAUCUAGACGCACGGGUGGAAGAGGUUUUGCAAGAAAUCCGGGACUUGAGUAUUGCGGGAACUGUCUAAACCACAGAAACAUGGACAAGGCAUGGACAAUUGUACUACGCGGAGUUACAUGGAUGUUAUAGUGUCACAUUGGGUAUUCGCUACGGCAUACUGCGCAUUAUUGCCUAAUAUUACAUACUUGACCGAGGGUAGUCACAGAUCAAAAACCUUGGAUGCGCGCAUGAUCUCUGUUGUACACUUCCAACACUGUUGUAGCCUUCCAAAAGCUCCUUAUACGCUUGCUGGCUACAUUAGCCUUUCUAUGAUGAAGCAUGAUGAGGCACUCCUAACGCCAUGAAUGCAAAUCGAAUCAAACGCUUUUCCAGCACAUAAGAAGGAUCCU